AGGUCAUUGAAGUUUCCCAAAACACUAAGAGUAUAUAGACAUGUAUUACUAGGAGAAACACUCACUGUAGCGAACUACUGCAGUUGCCAAUAUGCCUGGAAAACCUACUUUUUUCCUUCUUCUCAUCAUAUCUUGCCUCUCAAAUGUGCAGGGGGCAAAUUUUAAGAAGCCAGCGUGCUACAACUAUCAGCAGCCUGGCUGUCCCUUCCACUUUGAGCCUGUGUGUGGAUCCAACGGAGUCACUUACACCAACGAGUGUGUGUUGUGUGACACCGUAAGAGAAACCAGGAAGAAGAUACUUAUUGUCAAACAUGGACCUUGUUGAAGAAGUCAGAUACGGCAAAUUCAACAGUAUAAACCAUGGCUGAAACACAAACAGUGAUGAAAAAGAGCUUUUCUGAAGAAAUAAAACAUGUACACUGA